ACAGGAGGCUAGCUGCCAACUACCGGCUCGCCAGGGUGAGCUGCAGAACCAUGGGCGAGCCCUGGCCGCUGAGUCCUGCGGCCUGCUCUUCGUUUUUUCUGUGCUCGGCUCUGCUGGCCGCGGGAUGCGCCCUGGGUCUGCGCCUGGGCCGUGGGCGGAGCGCGGUAGAGCGUGCUGUGCUCGCCUGGCUCUGCUACGACACGCUGGUACACUUCGUGCUGGAAGGCGCUUUUGUCUACUUGUCUAUAGUAGGAAAUGUUGCAGAUUCCCGAGGCUUGAUUGCAUCUUUAUGGAAAGAAUAUGGCAAGGCUGACGCGAGAUGGCUGUAUUUUGAUCCAACCAUCGUGUCUUUGGAAAUCCUGACUGUUGUUCUGGAUGGGUUUCUGGCACUGGUCCUCAUUUAUGCCAUAGUCAAGGAGAAAUAUUACAGGCAUUUCAUACAGAUCUCCCUGUGCGUGUGUGAACUCUAUGGUGGCUGGAUGACCUUCUUCCCUGAGUGGCUUGUUGGAAGUCCCAACCUCAACACCAAGAGCUGGCUCUACUUUUGGGUCUAUUUGGUGUUUUUCAAUGGCCUGUGGGUUCUGAUCCCAGGAGUACUACUGUGGCAGUCGUGGAUAGAACUGAAGAAGGCACUUUACCAAGGGGCUGGUUUAGAGAAAAAGUGUGAGUAAACUCUCGGAACAAUCCAUUCUGAGGCUCUGCUCUACCCGUCAGGAUUGACAACACAUUUCGAUCUAAGCUUCCUUUUUACAGUGUUGUUUUCAAACAGCCAUUAUGGAUGGGUUGGAAGGUACCAAACUUUGCUGUUUGUUUUUGUUGAGUAAAUGUUAAUAAAAAGCGAGAAGCUGGGUGUGAUUUGUUAGUGGGGUGCUUGCCCAGCAUUCACAAGGCCCUGAAUUGCACCCUCGACCUUACAGGAGGGUGGUGGGUAAGUUUUCACUUAUAAUAAGAUCAUAUUUAAUUAGACGCUCUCAGGCUCGCAUACUUGUUAUUCCAUGUAAAUAAAUGAGUAGCGUGGGCCACUGUAAGGAGUAGUAUAAGUUCUUACUCUAAAAUAAAAUAAACAUUUUGCUUCA